AUGUUUGCACAGUUCAAUCAAGCCACCGAUGAUGAUGAUGAUGAUGAUGAUAUGAUGAGGUCCCCGGGCGGAGAGCGUAUGGUUCUGCCGGACGUGUAUUUAACCAGCGACCGGUCCACAGUCAGUCAGUCGUUCAGUUCAGUGAGCCCCGAAAUUCCUGGACAUGAGCAGCCUCCAGUAGCUGUCAAGCCCCGCCCGCGUCCUCAGGAGAGGCGUGUAGCGGCGCGGCGAGGGCAGCGCGGCGCGGCGGGAGGCGCUAAUGAGGAAGCCGCAGUCUGCGCUGCGCAAGGAAGCGGCCGCGAGCUGCGCCGGGCCGGCCGCCGUGCCGUGCCGUCCCGCGGCGAGCAUCGACCCGCGCGGCCUCAGCCGCCGCCGCCGCCGCUUCGAUCGGCAGGCCAGGCAGAGCGGCGGAGGCACGGAAGUGGGCCAGCGGCGGCCUGCCGUGCGCCGGCCGCGUGGCGCGCGCCGCCGCCCCCGCCGCCGCCGCCGGUGGACCCGGCCGCCGCCGCCGCCAGCGCGCACGCUCCCGGCCGGCGCGCCGGCCCUAAACGCCGCCCCGGCGGCGCGCGCACACAGACCUGCCCCGCGACGCCUCCACGUGCCCAGGUCACUUUUCCGGGGCACUUGUUCCUCGGUGGAAGCUCUGAUUUUAUAGAACGCUGA